AUGAUAGCUCUAGCUGAAAUAUUUACUUCCGGCAAAACAAUUUCACGUGUUUUCUGUUUGGCAAAAUUUAAUAAUAAAAAAUGAGUGAUAGAAAUAGAAAUAAACUUCCAAAUAACUUACCACAGCUACAAAAUCUGAUAAAGCGGGAUCCUGGAUCAUACAAAGAUGAGUUUCUACAACAGUUCAGACAUUAUGAGUCCAACUUACAAAUAUUUCAACUGAAGCCAUCACAAUACUCAAAGACACUCGAUGAAUUGGUGAUUUUCCUAGCCCAGGUAGCACAUUGCUAUCCAGAGGAAAUGAAAGAUUUCCCGCAGGCUGUGAGAGAUGUUUUGCAGAGACAUUCUUCAACAUUAGACAGAACUAUUAGAAUGACAUUGUGUAAAGCACUGAUACUGCUGAGAAAUAAAGGCCUGGUACCAGCUACAAGUGUUCUAGAACUUUUCUUUGAGAUGUUCCGAUGCCAGGAUAAACUGCUGAGGAAGACAUUAUAUACAUACAUUGUCAGCGACAUUAAAAAUGUCAACAUAAACCACAAAAAUGCUAAAUUAAAUACAACUCUACAGAACUUCAUGUACACCAUGUUAAAAGAUAACAACCCUGUAGCUGCUAAAAUGUCACUGGAUGUGAUGAUUGAACUGUACAGAAGAAAUAUUUGGAAAGAUGCUAAAACAGUGAAUGUUAUUACAACAGCAUGUUUCUCUAAAGUGACGAAGGUAUUGUUGCUUUCUAAAUUUCUGAAAUAUUGUCUAUAG